GGCGACGGGCUCUGGUCGCUCCUCUGCGACAGGCGCUACAGGAAGAAGCAGGGCGGGCGGUUCUUCGUUGUGGUGUCCCUGGGGGAGGCCGCUACCGUUCGCCGCAUAUUGCACGCGCGGAGGGGUAAGGCCGUCGUCAGCGGACAGAGCGUGGCCGUGUCUCUUCAGUGCGCGGACACCGGUCUUCAGCUGGCGUACGGAAUGUCUCCCAAGCCUUCCAUGGUGGGCUCUCAGGCGAUCGAUUCUUUUCCAAGCGGCCAUCCCUACCAGAGGACGCUGGCGAGCCAGUGCUACAAGCUGAUGGACUGCGCCACUCAGUAUUCCUCGAGCGAGCUGUCGCUCCUCGUGCAGGCGAUGCAGCUGAACACCCCGCUCGAGCGUUGCAAGUGGUUUGAGUACAUGUCCAUGUGCAAGCGGCGGAACAACAGCAAGUGGGGUGAGCGCCCGAUUUCGCAGCUUUUCGAGUUCGACACGGAGUUCGACAUACUGUACCAGCGCAGUCUCUCUCUGACAUGGCGCAGGGAGCUGCUGCACCGGUUCGGAUCGAAGUCGUCGAUGUCAGAGAAUUUCGCAUUGCUGGACACCGAUUGCAACAACAGCCUCGACAUCAAGGAGGUCAUCAAGGCCCUGCGGGACCUCAAGCUUCCCCACACCACGGAGGACGUCGCGACCUACUUCCGAGCGCUGGACGCGAACGGAGACCACCGCGUCGUCUUCGCCGAGUUCUCGCAGUUCCUGCAGCGGUCCACCGCGUCGCUCUCCAGGCUCCGGGCCCUGCACGGCGCGUCGGGCGCGCAGGGCGCCGGCCGCGCGGGCGGCGCGCCGGCCACGCCGGGGCCCUCGGGCGGGCUCCUGCGGGCCCUCCUCCCGUGGGCGCCCUGGGGGCGCGCGGCGGCGGGCGAGGCGCCGGGGGCGCCCGACGCGCCCGACUCGGACGCGGAGGAGGGCGCGCCGGAGAUGGAGGAGGAGGCGCAGAUCCAGACCCAGGUGGUGGAGGUGAAGGAGAUGUUGGACAAGGUGCAGAAGGAGCGGCAGGCUGCCAAGGAUGCAGACAGCGAGAGGUACAGGCGCGAGGAGGAGCAGCUCGAGGAGCACGUGGAGGAGCAGGCGGAGAAGAGGCUCGGGGACAACCCGUGCGUAGAAGACGGCGUGCUGAAGUGGGACUUCCAGCGAUUUGAUCUGCCCAAAGGCGCUCGCAUUGGCAAGAUCGGGCUCGCGGCGAAGAAGGCGAGGGACGGCUACGAGUUCGUGGAGGACGACGGGUCGAGGGGCACCCUGUGGAUGAAGCGGCUGAGGAUCGACCGGCGGCCCAUGCAGCUGUCAUUGCAGGGCCUGCUCAGCCCAGACGAGGAUCGAAGAAUAGAUUCUGGGCCGCGGGUGGGGCGCCUGAGCCGCUAUUCUCUGAGCGCGCGGUGGCGGAUAUGGUUCCGCCUGGAGCAGUACCCCGAGGGCAAGACGGCCACCCUCGUAUUCUUCGGGGCGCCGCCGGGCCAGCAGCGGCAGGAGGCGGGCACGGAGAGCUGCGCGUCAAUUUGGACGGCUCCCUCGUGCUGGAGAACCUGCCGCAGACGAAUCCGCCCGUCGAGUUCCGCGACAGGACCGACAACUUGGCCGAGUCCAUGUACUUCAGCAACAAGGGUCGGGUGCGUGCCGAGUGCCGGAGCUCCACGCGAGUGGGCCUGGACGCUUGGAAUCUGUUGACCCUCACGGUAGAUGCCACGGAGAGGAAAGUCCUGGCUUGGUUGAAUGGCCAGAUCGCGAUCGCGCUCGAGAACCAUCCUGCGAUCAGUGAGGGCUGGUUCGCUCUGAGUGCCAUCGAGCCACUCUGGCUCUUUGGGACCCCAUCAAGCCACCGUUUGAGCCCGAAGCUGCAGCUUCGAACCGUGCUGCUUCAGAAAGGGAUCAUCACAAGAGAACAGGUGCUCAUGGUGCACGUGCCCAGAGGAGUGUGGAAAUGCAACAGCAACAGAUGCGGACAAUUCAACGCUCCGGUAGAUGACCCCUCUGGGCUGAUACCUUGCCCAAGUUGUGGAAUUCCAAAGCCGAAGUCUGGCCAACGGCCGAACACGAAAGACGAUGUGGAUCCUUCGCACCCGGGGCUCACCAUUGUUGUUGCAGAGUCUUUUAACGAAAUUGUGCUCGAGAGCGACGCCCACGUGUUCAUCGACUUCUCGGCAGAUUGGUGUCCUCCCUCGAAGCAGAUGAAGCCGGAGUGGUACUCUCUGGCGGCAAGGACAGAGAAGAUCCCCGGUCUGAUCAUUGCCUACAUGGAUUCCGACGAGAACGAGUUGUCCAGUGAACAGCGUGAGUUAAUGCCCGAGACGAGCAUCCCCAACCUCAAACUCUUCAAGAAGGGCCAGAAACGAAGCCCUUUGAAGUACACAGGUGAGCGCACGUCUUCUGCGUUCAUGCGUUGGCUCAAGGAGACCACCCAGAUUGAUUUCGGCAAGGAGAUGCUUAAGAUGUAUGGCCAGUACAAAGACGAGAAGCUAAUUCAUGUCCUGGUGGAAAAGAUUGUGAUGGCCAUGCAAGUCUACGUAGCCAAGCAUGACAUCGACUUCAUUACCCCAGUGAUUUCGCAUCAAGGUGGGGAACAUAAACAGGCUGCCGAAACCAACACUGACAAUGCCUUGAGGACGUUCACCCGCAGAU